AUGAAGAUCGAGAACAGCCUGACCCUUCCCCAGCUCCCAGAGGCCCCAUCUCCGACAGGACUCCAGUUCAGUGUAGCAACUGAGGAAGACUUUGAUGAGAUCAUGGCAAUGAGCCAGGACAUCUAUGGUGGCUUGGACUACCUGCCCACUAGAUAUACCACCUGGUUGCAGGAGUCCAACCGUACAGUCAUACUGGCCCGCAAACAAGGGAAAGUGAUUGCUCUGGAGUCAGUGUGUGUGAUUGACGAUGGAGAAACCAUGUUAGUGGAGGGUCUGCGAGUAGCUCCUCAGGAACGAGGGAAGGGUGUGGCUGGGCACCUGCUGCGCUUCUGCUCCCAGCUGGUCAAGUCCAAGAACCCAGAGGUCAAAGUCACCCGCCUUACGCGUGAUGACCAGCUCGGACCCAAGGACUUCCAGAAGUAUCGCCUCAUCACUAAACAGGGUAUUCUUCUUGUACGCUUCAGAGCUGAGGACCUUAAGCUUCGUCUUACUGAACUUGUGCCAGAUGAAGAACUCAAUUGCUCUUCCUCCAGCUCCUCCUCCUCCUCCCCCCAGCCCCCUCCCCCAGUAUGUCUAGACCCCAUAGCCAUCCACCAUCUUUAUUUAACCACUGACCUCAUGCGGGGUGUCCUGCCGAAUGCCACCAUUGUUCAAGACUGGCAGCCAUUCAAGCCAUUGCCUAGCAACAUGGCCAUCUUGCUAAAGAAGGAAAUUGAUUGGAUGGUGAAUGAUGUCACCACCCCCACCAUGGCUAGCCUCUGCACCUUCCCAUUCAGGGUGCCAAUCGGAGAUGACUGGUAUUACCUGAACAUCGACAUGUUUGGUAAGGACCUAGCUUUGGCUCGUCAACAGUUCCUUUGCCACCUACGCCGCCACACCGCGAGCCUGAAGGGUCACGUGAUGUGUCAGAUGUUCCUGGACCCCCCACUUUGGAAACCUAUGGCUGACUUCUGCCGCCAAACCCUGCAAGUGGAGCUGGUGAAGGAAUACACAGAGCAGUGUGUUGUGGAGUCAGAUGUCAUGUAG